AUGGCAGAGCCCACUUCCGCGACCCGCCCCUACAAAAUCAUAUCCGGAGCGGACUACUUCGGCUGCGCCCUCAAGGACGAGCUCGUCUCCCACCUGCGCUCCCUCCACAUAGACGUCGAGGAUCUGGGCACCUCCUCCUACUACCUCGUCGCAGCCGAGGUCGGUCGCCGCGUAUCCUCCUCCCCCGCCGACACCCGGGGCCUCGUCGCCUGCGGCACUGGCGUCGGGGUCUCCAUCUUCGCCAACAAGUUUCCAGGCGUCUUCGCCGCCACCUGCCUAACCCCCGAGGAAGCCCUCAACGCCCGCUCCAUCAACAACUCCAACGUCCUCGCUGUCUCCGGCAUGUCCACCUCCCGGGACUCCGCCGUCGAGAUCCUCAACGCCUGGCUCAACACCCCCUUCAAGUCCCCUUGCCCUGCCUCCGGCUCCAACCCCUGGCCCGAAGAUAUCCAGUCCUUCCUCGACAACUCCCUCCCCGAGAUGCCCAAGAUCGGAGCCCAGCUCCAAUCGGAUUCCGAUUCAACAACACCCUGUGCCUUACAUUGUUGGGUGAAGGACAUGGAAUUCAGCCCGAUCGACACGAUUCCAGGUGGGUCGAUGAAGAUCCUGAGGGAGAGCCCAACCUCGGCGAUUGUGAGGUUCAAGGCCGGGAGUGAGGAGCCUGCUCACCACCAUACCUUCGGGCACGAACAGGUGGUGUUGGAGGGGAAGAAGAUCGUGUGGAAUAUCACAAAGGAGGAGAGGUACGAUUUGGGGGUUGGCGACUAUUUGUUCACUCCGGCAGGGGAUGUGCAUAGGGUGAAGUAUUAUGAAUAUACUGAGUGCUUCAUCACGUGUGAUGGAAAGUGGGAUAUGAUCUUCGUCAAUCAGGCUGCCAAGACUGCUAUUGACAAGGAAUUAGAAAAUGGGUCUGAGUGA